AUGGUCAGCCGAGAUAGAGCGGCGACGGCGGUGGGGUUGCCACAGCAUCAGCAGGAGGGGGAGGAGGGAGGGGGCGGAUCUGGCGGCAACGGAGGAGGCUCUAUCGCGGUACAAGGUGGGGCUGGUGGGAAAGGAUCCCUGGCGGAAUCAUCGUACUCCAUCAUGAACAACACGUUCAGAGUCGACUCGCGCUACAGCGGCCUCAAGGCCAUUGGGAAAGGAUCUUUUGGCUUCGUCUGCUCGGCGUUAGAUGAGAAGCAGGGAAAGAAGGUUGCCAUCAAGAAGAUCCACCCCAUGGCCCAGCACGUCGUUGAUGCCAAGCACGUUCUACGCGAAAUCCGUCUUAUGAGGUAUCUCGGAUCGCACCCGAACAUCGUGUCUCUCGAAGACCUGUUCAUCAGCGAGCACUACGACGAGCUGUACAUCGUGAUGGAACUGCUAGACUCCGACCUCCACCGGAUCAUUCAGUCGCCUCAGGCGCUGGGCGAUGCCCACCACCGCUACUUUAUGUUUCAACUCCUCAAGGGGGUUAAGUUUCUCCACAGCAAUCGCAUCAUCCACCGAGAUCUGAAGCCUGGCAACGUGCUCGUCACCAAGAACUGCCACCUAAGGAUCACGGACUUCGGGUUGGCGAGGCUGAGGCCCAUGGGCAGAGGCACCAAUCCUGAUGAUGAGGUUGACCACCCCAUGACCGAGCACGUGGUUACCCGCUGGUACCGCCCCCCCGAGCUGAUGCUUUGCCCCGACGGCCUGUAUGGCUACGCGGUGGACCUGUGGAGCGUCGGCUGCAUAUUCGCCGAGCUUUUGGGCCGCCACCCACUCUUCCCCGGAAAGAACUUCAUGGACCAGUUGACCCUCAUCUUUGACCUAGUGGGGUCGCCAAAGCCCCACGAGGUGUCUCACAUUCGUAACUCUCAGGCGAAGAAGUUCCUGGAGACCAUGCAGGACAGAGUAAAGGUGCCAUACGCGGAGCUGUUUGCUGGUGCUUCUGAGCACGCCAUCGACCUUUUGGAGGGGCUUCUUGUCUUCCAUCCCCCCUGCCGACUCUCUGUGGACGAAGCUCUGGAACAUCCCUACUUCCAUCCACUCAGAAAGAGCGACACCAACCCCGACCCAGACGUGUCGCCCGGGUUCGAGUUCGACUUCGAGAGCAAGCCGCUCUGCAGGGUACAGCUCAAGAAAAUGAUUCUAGCAGAGGUGAAGAACAACCGCUCCAAUAGCAUGCAACAUCACCUUGCUUUGAUGAAGAGUGAGGCCAGGGACAGGCACGACUCUGCAUAUCACACAGAUUCGGAACACAAAUUUAAACUUUGA